AUGUACGUCUGGGGGAAGCCGCACGGAUUCAUCCUCUCCGUCAUCCUCAUCUCCAUCGCAGUCGCAGCGCCUUCCGCGAUCCCCGUUUUCAAAAACGACGAUGUAUCGGCGAUUGCCCCACCACAGCCUGCCCCAUCGACCAAGGCGCUCUGCCCCGACCCGCUCCUCCCCAGGAUCCCCAUCAUGCAGCAACUCCCCGCCGGCGCCCACGUCACCGUCGCCCACGGCUGGGUCAUCACGGCCCGCGCCAUCGCCAGCUUCAUCAUCCCGGUGCAGACCAUGGCCGCGGUCCUCGACUCCUUCUACCACGACGCUCUCGUCCAAUUGGCCACGAGCUCUUUCGAAAACAAGCCGCAUCCGGGCAGUGCUUUCGGGUUGAGUAUCGGCAGUGUGAGCCUCGCGCUGCGGGCCGUCAAUCCGGGCGAUUACCUGACGUGGGAGGCAUGCGAGGUUGUUGUGGCGAGUCUGCUGCAUGAUGCCCAGAUGGGUUUUACGGGCCAGUUCCAAAGCGAGUGGUAUCAUGCCGAGUCGGGGGUCUUGCUAUCCUUCAGGAAGCCAGCUUACCGAUUCCGCUCGGCGGUUUGUGUCGAUACUGCGCGUUUGUUUGUCGUAGCUGUCAGUCGGCCUUUGACCCCAAAUUUCCUAAUGAAUAGCCGGGUGCAGCGAUCAAUUCUUCAACUCUGGAAUCUCUUAGAAUUCCCAGGCUUUUCGGACACGGUGUCCCAGCAUUCAAAACUUCAGGUUUCUCCUCCGAAACCCAACGGGCAGACCACACGCUCAAAAAUAAUCACAUUGCCAGUCAUGGAGAACGAGCAGUCUAGCGUCCAUUUCCCACACACGCAAAUAUCGACGCCAUUUACAACUUCGCCUGGAAACACAACAACCUGGCGAACUCGGCGCCAUGCGGUCCUGACGACGGAAUCCGCAUUACCGGCCCUCUCGAACCGACAAGCAACUCCCCUCCCCAUCUCUUCCAAAGGCGCCGUACGCGAUGACAAGGAAGCAGCGGUCGAGGGAGACCGCGACGCAAUGGAGGAUGAGGAGAUGGAAUGA